AUUUGUAAAUGCAAUUUAUUUUCAAUUCAUAACUUAUAUUCAAAAUUGUGGAAUGCAUUGAUUAAAUUAACUUCUAUCUGGGAAAAAUGUUAAUAUUCUAAAAAAGAAUUGUAAAUUGAACGAUUUAAAAAAGAUAACGAGAUAUUAUCGCUGAGACAUUGAAACAUCUUAAGAGCAUUUGAGUCAGUAAAAUGUCGCAUUCUAAAUCAGCUCGGUCACAUGGUGAUGAACAAACUAGCUUAUCAUGCUGGGACAAAAUCAAAGCCUGUUUUUGCUGCCGCAAUAUAUCCUGUUUUUGCGGCCACAAAAUCAGUCCGCUCAAAAAUAAGGAAAUUUUCAUACACGGACAUGCUAUUGGUGGGAUAUUGGAGACAGAUACUCGACUUGACGAAAGCGGUUUAAGAGUCUACCGACACAUACUUAAGAUGCCUGACAACGGACCAGAAAAUGUGGCGAGAAAAAUGAAUUUGAAAGACGGAGAUGAAUUGCUGGAGCUGAAUAAAGAUUUGCUUCCGCUUCUUACUCCAGAACAGGUCCUCAAAGGGUUCCAGAAUAUAAAAACAGACGGACGGACAAACACAGUAUUGACUGUAGGGAGGAAAGAAGACACUUAUUUUGUUUCUGAUAAUCAGGCAGAAAUGCGCAAUGCAUCUAACACCCGGACGAACAUGUCUACGAGAACGAACAUUCCGGAAGUUUCAUAUUCAAGGACUGAAAUGACAAAUGCUUCUAACAGCAUAAGUAAAAUUACACCUGUUAGUGAUCAGGUGCAUGCGGUUAAGAGGUUAUGUUGCAAGUUCGAAUGCAAAGGAGGAAAGUGUAUUCCAAUUGACCGAAGAGAACCUGAAAAUGACGACGGUUUUUCACGAGAAAUAGAAAGUGUGCAUAAGUAUCAGCUUGUUCCUCAACCUAGUCAUUUCAUAAUGAUUGAAGGUCAAACAGUCAAAGCGGGUACAAGAGACGACGACAUCUUAAAGACAUUGAAAUACCAUCUUGACGGUACAAAUUAUUAUAAACAGAAUGGAUAUGUUCAUUUUGAUGGCGUUACCCUUUCAAAUAUAGAUAAGACACAGUACAUCUGUCUAAAUGUUGAAGAAAACAGGAUCGAAAUGUCGGGUGAGCCAGAAUGGUUCAAGAUCAGCAUGAACGAUUCACAAGUCCACUUUUCAUUAUCAAAAUUGCAAGGAAGAAAAAGCACGUACAUGUAUAUUGGUUACCACGAGGAAGAACAAAUGUUGAUGCCGCUUGACCAGCCCUGUAAAUUUGAGGAAGUAACGGUGUCUUAAUAACGUACAAGUUCGACCAGCUUCGCCAUUUUCCGUGAAAAUCGUUUAGAUGGCGGAAUUUAACUCACUACAGUAUUAAAGUAGUACUACAGAGAUCACAAAGUAGAAAAAUAUCGCCUUUUUUUAUUUUUUUUAUUCAUUCAUGAUCGUAUAUAAAUCAGUGUGAGAAGACGAAUUUAUUGUGCAUUUCGGCGUGUAAACAGGCGAGAUUUUAGCAUUUAAUCAUACAAGCGCCCUAUCCGGUAUAUAAAUGUAUACAGUAUUAGUGGUGUUCCAACAAUUUUUUUUCGUCUCAUUCCAAAAUUUCUGGUUGCUCCGUGUCAAAUAGACGUUCGCUUACUUAGUUUUUGGAAGACAAUAUAUGAUAUUUUUAUAAGUGAAUGUAAGUGAGACAACUAUAUUCAGCAAUAAAGUCGUAGACUUGUAAGAAGAAAAUUCCACGUUUUGAAUUAUUCUCACGCUGAUAAAAUGACACCAAAGAAUUUAGAUUUUCUUAAUUACAUAAUAUCAAUGACUCCUUUUGAAAAGUCUGUAAUUAUUAUAAAAUAACUGCUUAAUAGUUAAGUUAUUGUAUAUAUUUAUAUGAAAAUCUUUUAUUCUGUAUCUUACUUAGAAAAAAAAAAUAUGAGUAAAUUAGUAAAGCAGUAUGCCUCCAGAUGAACAUUUUUUUUUUUUUUGAAGAAAGUCAAUCUCGAGAAAAAUGAACUAAGAUUUUAAAGAAAGUAAAAAGAUUCAAGAUUCAAUCUCGAGAAAAAUGAACUAAGAUUUUAAAGAAAGUAAAAAGAUUCAAGAUUCAAGUAUAUCAAUAUAUGUGAAUAUUGACGGCAGUAUUUAUCACCAUAUUUCUACUGCAUGACUAACGCAGUAAGAGCUAUUUUUGCAUAUUUUGACCUCUUUUCUGGUAGUUUACGUGGAUUUUAAGUGCUGUCUUGCAAUGUGUAAAUCACUUUCCUAGUUCACUUCGUUUAAAUACAUUUUCAAAUUUUUAUGAAAAUUAUCAUGAUUAUAGAUACAGCUUUGAUUAAAGUGUGGUAAAUAAAACACACAGGCUUGUUAUAAUAUACUUGAUAUGUCAACCAUAUCUAACUCUCAUUUCUGUAAUGAUAAAAUAUAUAUUUUGAAUGUUGGAUUAUGACUCUAUUGUAAAUACUUUAUAUCAUUAUCAUUUUAUUUUAUUGGUUGUCUAAUAUGGAUUUUCUGCUUUCAUUUGACAAAGAACUGGUGACGUCAUUGCGCGUUAUUCAUCUGUUUCCGCUUUUGUAUUUUAGUCUAUUUUUUUUAACCGAUCCAAAAUGUCUAUGGUCACUUUUAUAUAAUUACCAAUUACAUUAAUCUCUUUAAGGUUUACAGUAGAAACUUGAUGCACAUCACCCGCAAUACAUUUUUAUAUUUCUAAUGAAGGAUUACGUUUACAGUACUUGUAGAAAAGGUGUUUUUUAUAGAAAAAUAGUCUGAAAUUGAAGGGACUUAAUUAACUGAGGUCUUUUGACAUGACGGAACUAGAAUUGUUUUUUCACAAAUUUGUACCAUUUGAUGUAUAUAGUUAUCUGAACUAAUUACCUGUGUGCAAAAAUUUCAGGUCAUUCAUUCAAUUUGUUUUGCCAGAUUAACCGUUUUAAAUGUAAAAAAAUGAGCCAAACCAGGCUAAUAACCACAGUAUAUAAACAAAAUUACUGUACCCUGUCUUGAGAGCCUAUAUUAUUCAAUGUGUAUACGUAACUUGUCUUGCGAGUACAAGCACAUGUUACUUCCGGUUACUGUACCUUACUUGGGAGCUUGUACCUUACUUGCGAUAACAGGAUGUAGACUUGUUUAUAUACAGUGAGAACAGCACAAAAUCGUGUUACAGUUUAAUUUUAAGCAUAUUUCUUUAUUAUAUUUAGUAUAUUUUUUCCGUUUUAAAUCUCCCAGUGUAUCUAUUUAAGAAUAAAAAGUCUCAGAGGCACUAUACACAGAGUGGCUAUAACAACUUCAAACACAGAGUGGCUAUGACAAUAUCAAAACAUUUUCUUUUUUGUUAAAAUAAAUAGAAAAGUUAAACAUGUCAGGAAUUAUAAAAAAAAAUGUGACAUUUUGAAUUAAGGUAAAUGUAUAUAUGGCCUUGAAAUUUACUUUUUUUUGUUGUUGGUUUAUUAUUAUUAUUAUUAUUAUUAUUAUUAAUUUUGUUGUUGUUUUGUUGUUGUUUUGUUAUUGUGUUAUAUCAAAAACACUGGACAAGUUCAACUUCCGCUGCAAUCAACUCAUUAUUAAUAGAGUUAUGUCUCUUUAAAAAGAAAUUUAAGGAAAUUUUAAGUGAAAUUUUUGGUUUCAGCAAAAUAACUUUUGAAGGAUUUCAAUGAUUAUGUUUAUAUUUUGCAGGCAAAUAUGCUAGUAUAUGAUGGUUAUUUUCACUGCAAUCAACUCGUUAUUGCAAGAGUUGUGCCCCAUUUCAACAAAAUUUCUGUGAAAUUAUUGGUUCCAACAGAGUUACUUUAAAAAGAUUUCAUUCUUGUUUUGUUUAGAUGUUUAGUUUAUUUUUCUUUGACUUAAAGCGUUUACAAGUUUAAGUAAAUUUGUAUAUAAUGUACCGGUAGUAUGUAAUUUUAAACGUUUAUUGUGUGCAUUAUUGUAUAUUUAGUUUACAUUGUGUGAAAUUAAAAAAAAAUAUGAAAGUUUAACAUAAAUAUGUGUUUGUGUUUUAGCCCACUUGAGCAUAAAGUGUAUAUGCACAGGCGAGCUUUAGUAUGAUGGCUGAUUUUGACUUUUGUGCGUCGUGUUGUCGCUAGCGACAGCAUGACAAAGCGCCAAACGGCGCGUUGUCGGCCUUUCGUUUUGUUCUGUUGCUAACACCAAACGGUGCGUUGUCGUGCGGCGUGUUGUUGCGAUGUCACAUUGUCGCUCUGAUCAAAUUGAAGGAUUGGCUUAUCAGCCAACCGACAGGGCAACAUCGCGACAACGCGCCGUGCUUCGCUAGCGACAGGACGACAAGACCACAGUGCGACAAAGCGCUGUAUGAGCACAUUUGUCUCGGAGCACAUUUGUCUUACGUAAGACCGAUGCGGUCGCAUUUGUCCCACAUGAGACAAAUGGGACCUCAAAUGUCUACCCAAAAAAACUCAUUUGUGUGACUAAUGUGCUCCGAUCAAGUUUUUUAAGGGACAAGACAGCACAUUUGUCUCAUGUGUUUUUAAGGGACAAGAAAGCACAUUUGUCUCAUGUCAUUUUUUAUGAAUUCAUUUGUCACAUAUUUCCCCACGGCAGAAAUUCUUUUUAUGCCACCGCAGCAUCUGCGAUGCGGUGGCAUAUAGCGAUUCACCUGUGUUUAUGUAUGUGUGUGUGUUUGUUUGUUUGUUUGUGUGUGUGUGUUUUAUAUAGAUUAUAUAGUGAACUUAAAAAACCUUCUUGUGAAAAACCACUAGUCCAAUUUCAACCAAACUUGGCAGGAUUGAUCCUUGGGUGAAGGGCUUUCAAAGUUGUUCAAAGAAUUUCAUUCCAUGCAGAAAUCUGGUUGCCAUGGCAACCAAAAGGAAUUGAAAGAAUAAAUUUAAAAAAAAUCUUCUUGUAAAGAUCCAAAAGGCCUAGAGCUUAGAUAUUUUGCAUAAGGCAUUGUCUGGUAGACUUGUACCAACUUUGUUCAAAUUAUAGCCCUGGGGUCAAAAUCGGCCCCGCCCCGGGGGUCAUUGAUUUUCACUAUAUAUACAUAUAGUAAAAACAUAAAAUACCUUCCUGUAAAGACCAUUAAGGCCUAGAGCUUAGAUAUUUUGCAUAAGGCAUUGUCUGGUAGAAAUCUACCUAGAUUGUUCAAAUUAUAGCCCUGGGGUCAAAAUCGGCCCUGUCCCGGGGGUCAUUGAUUUUCACUAUAUGUACAUAUAGUAAAAACUUAAAAUCCUUCUUGUAAAGACCAAAACGGCCUAGAGCUUAGAUAUUUUGCAUAAGGCAAUGUCUGGUAGACUUCUACCCAAAUUGUUCAAAUAAUACCCCUGGGGUCAAAAUCGGCCCCGCCCCGGGGGUCAUUGGUUUUCCUUAUAUGUAUAUAGUAAAAACUUUAAAAAAAAAUUCUUCUAGCAAUUGACAAAUGCUAGAGGUUAGAUAUUUUGCAUGAAACAUUGUGAAGUGAACUUCUAGCAAGAUUGUUCAAAUUAUAGCCCUGGGGUGAAAAUUGCCCACGCCCCGGGGGUCAUUAAUUUUCAAUUAUUUUAUAUACAUAUAGUAAAAAAUCAAAAAAAUCUUAUUGUCUGAAGGUACAAGGCCUAGAGCUUUAAUAUUUGUUAAAUGAUAUCAUCUAUAGGUACUCUACCAAAGUUGUUCAAAUUUUGCCUCUAGUGUCAAAAUUAGCCCUGCCCCGGGGGCCAUAGGUUUUCCUUAUAUGUAUUUUGUAAAAACUUAAAAAAAUCAUCUUCUCUAAAUUUACAAAGGCUAGAGUUAAGAUAUUUUUCAUGAAAUAUUAUUUAGUGAACCUCUAGCAAGAUUAUAGCCCUGGGGUCAAAAUUGGCCUGGCCCCACCCCCAGGGGUCAUUGAUUUUCACUGUGUACAUAUAGUAAAAAAAUAAAAAAUCUUCUUGUCUGAAGGUACAAGGCUUAAGGCUUUGAUAUUUGGUAUAUAAUAUCAUCUAUAGGUCCUCUACUAAAGUUGUUUUAAUUAUGCCCCUAGUGUUAAAAUUGCCCUGCCCCAGAGGCGAUAGUUUUUCUUAUAUGUAUAAAGUAAAAACUUGAAAAAUCUUCUUCUCUGAAUUGAAAAAUCUUCUUCUCUGAAUUGACAAAGGCUAAGGGUUAAAUAUAUGGCAUGAGACUUUGUGAAGUGAACCUUUACAAAGAUUGUUCAAAUUAUAGCCCUGGGGUCAAAAUUGAUCCCGCCCCAGGGGUCAUUAUUUUCAUUAUGUACAUAUAGUAAAAAAAUAAAAAAAUAUUUUUGUCUGAAGGUACAAGGCAUAGAGCUUUGAUGUUAGCUAUAUAAUAUCAUCUAUAGGUGCUCUACCAAAGUUGUUCAAAUUUUUCCCCUGGUGUCAAAAUUGGCCCCCAGGGCAGUGAUUCUCAUUAUGUACACAUAGUAAAAACAGAAAAUAAAACAAAUGUUUUCUGAAUGGGAGAAAGCUACAACUUAGAUAUUUGACUUGAAAUGUUGUUUGGUGGACUGUAUCAAGAUUGUUUUGAAUUAAAUCCUUGGGUCCAAAAUUUUGCCUUGCCCAAAGGAGACAAUUUUGACCAUGUGCACAGUUUUAGUUGUAAAAUUGAACUUUGAUAUCAGGUGACCUAGAUUUUGAUGAUGUGACCUACUUUCUUGUCCUUUGAUGUACAGCUAUGAAAUUUGAACCAUGUGCACAGAUUAGGAUGUAAAGUAAACUUUGAUUUUAGCUGACCUAGAUUUUUACAAAGUGUCUUACUGUGUUGCAUUUGAUGUAGUCAUGAAAUUUAGGCUGUGUGAAAUAUGACCUUCACCACCUAAUUCACUAGACUCGAGUGCAUUGAUAUAUUCCUACUCUGAUCUUUUAUUGAGUUAACAACAGAUUUAACCACUAAUCUGAUAUUAAGAAUUAGAUAGGUCAGGGAUCUAUGCAUUAUGACAAUCUUCAAAAUUGUAUAGAAACAAAAAAAAUAUGUUCCUACACUACUAUUUAGUGUUGUAUUAAUGCGGUGGCAUAGCAUUUUUCUCAAAUGCAAUCUUGUUUUAAAU